AUGCUUCAAGACGAGUACGACUUCAACAUUCUGAUCACUUCAAGAUGCAUAUUUCCGCAGCUGGAGGUCCUCGAUUCCGCCGGCACCCUGGAGAUUACCAGUAAAGACACUGACGAUGACUUGACACGAUACGUCAAGCAUCGUCUUGAAGACAACGAAGAGUUGUGGCAUAGAUCGGCAGAGUUUGUGCCCUCUAUAAUACAAGGUGCGGAGGGAAUAUUCUUGUUCGCAACGCAGAUCGUGGACUGCGUGCUAGAAACGUCGAACAACUCAGACGCCCGAAGCCCCGACGCGUGGAAGACCUUGGGCAGCAGCCUCAACACUCUCUUCGACAGGCUUCUGGACAACAUCUUGAAUAGACCGGAUGCCAGCACUGCUUCAUGCGCAUUCAACUGGCUGGUCUACACUGAAAGGCCACUCUCGAUGCGAGAGCUUCAACAUGCGUUGGCUGCCAAUGCCACAAGGCACCUCUGGAACACGAAAGAGCCUCUCCACCAGGCCGUCGAGCCUCUGUAUCACACCGUCAAUCCCAAGAAAAUCUUAUCGGCUCUGAGAGGGCUUGUACAAGUCGACAAGGGCACAGGAGUCGUUCGAUUCUUUCACUCGGCGGCGGGAGAGUACUUCCGACAGCACGCUGAGCGGUUCCCGAACGCGCAGGAGAUGAUCACUGAGGCUUGUGUCAGAAUACUGGCAUUUGCGUGUCUUCCAUCUCCGAGCGAAGCCAACUGGGUUAUCGAAGACUCUUCAAAUGAGCCCAAAAGACCAUCCUCAAAGUCAUCCCACAACGAACCCGAGUCAUCCGAGGCGACCUCCGAGAAGGCUUCAUCCCGCAGUCCCUGGCUCCCUCGCAUGAUGGAUAAGUUAUACCACUCAUCUCAGUCGUACUCUAACUCCUACCGGCCGCAGCACAACCCGUUCCAGGUCAAGCUACAGAUGCCGGCCAACCAGGGUUUCUUCAGGUCAGGUAGGGAAUACGAGGAGAAACUGCAUGUACAGCCGCUGCUCCAGUAUGCCGCAUGCAACUGGGGUUAUCAUGCACGAUCGUGCCCCAUGGAUGACAACAUCAUGGACCUCUUGCAAGACCGGGUCAGACUUGAUGGAAUAUGCCAGACGCUCACAUACGAGCACAGUGGCUACAACCCGAAGUUCCCCAGAGAUGUAACUGGGCUUCAUCUGGCGGCCUACUUCGGACUCAAAGACGCAGCGAUCCGUCUUUUAGACGCUGGGGUUCCUGCGAGCUCGAGAGAUAGUUAUGGCGAGACACCGCUAUGGUGGGCAGCCAAACACUACCAAGAAGAAGUAGCGCGGUUGCUCAGUGAGAAGGACAAGGUCACGCUCCACCUCCUCAUCCGCGCGAAGCAGACUUCUCUGGUCGAGUUCCUGCUCGAUGUCGGGUACAACGUCAACACGACCGACAUCGAGAAGUGGACGCCACUGCACGCUGCGACGAAGGAGAAGGAUGUCGAGAUGGCAGAGCGGCUAAUCCAAGCCGGGGCCGAUGUCGACGCCACGGAUGUCAACGGGACGCGGCCGCUCAGUCUAGCCAUGGAGAUGCGCAACUAUGAGCUCAUCCAUAUGCUGGUGGCCAACCAGGCUGACACGAAGGACCUUGAUCUAGGAAAGAUCCGAACAGUGUUUGGUCUGCAGGCCGGCGACUCUCUUGAGAUAUACGAGGACAGGCAUCAUGGCACGAAGAUUAUGAGGCAGAUUCCGAGGGAGUUCUCGUGGACGUCGGUUAUGCAAGCUGACACUGGACGCUACUCCAUGAACCUCUCGAAGUUGACCAAGAAGAUUCCUGGUCUUGAGGAGCUGGGGCUUGACCACCUGUUGGGCUUCAAGAGAGAGAAAUCGGUGCCGUUUGUGCUUCGCGUAGAAUAG